AUGAGUGUUCAAAUAUUUGGUGAUCAAGUUACCGAAGAAAGAGCUGAAAAUGCUCGUAUGUCAGCAUUUGUUGGUGCAAUUGCGGUUGGGGAUUUAGUUAAAACGACCUUAGGACCAAAAGGUAUGGAUAAGUUGUUGCAAAGUGCAUCUAAUGAUUCCUCUUUGGUGACCAACGAUGGUGCAACCAUUUUGAAAUCCAUUCCAUUAGAUAACCCUGCAGCCAAGGUUUUGGUUAAUAUCAGUAAAGUACAAGAUGAUGAAGUCGGUGAUGGUACUACUAGUGUUACCGUUUUAAGUGCAGAGUUGUUGAGGGAAGCCGAGAAGUUGAUUGAUCAGAAAAUUCAUCCUCAAACUAUUAUUGAAGGCUAUAGAAUUGCAUGUGUUGCUUCUUUGGGCGCGUUGGAGAGAGCCGCUGUGGACAACUCCAAAGAUCAUGCAAAGUUUUAUGAGGAUUUGUUAAAUAUUGCGAAGACCACUUUAUCCUCAAAGAUUUUGUCACAGGAUAAGGACCAUUUUUCAAAAUUGGCAGCGGAUGCAAUUUUAAGGUUAAACGGUUCAACAAACUUGGAACAUAUUCAGAUUAUUAAAAUUAUUGGUGGCAAUCUAUCUGACUCGUUUUUGGAUGGGGGGUUUAUCUUGCCAAAGAGAUUUGGCAACAACCAAGCAAAGAGUGUGAAGAACGCCAAGAUUCUUAUUGCGAACACCUCUUUGGAUACCGAUAAAGUGAAGAUUUUUGGUGCGAAAUUCAAAGUUGAUUCCACGUCUAAGUUAGCCCGACUAGAAAAGGCAGAGCGUGAAAAAAUGAAAAGCAAAAUUGAUAGGAUUGCAAAGUUUGGUAUUAACAUAUUUAUUAACAGACAGCUUAUCUAUGAUUACCCAGAGCAGUUAUUCACGGAUAUGGAAAUCAAUUCCAUCGAGCAUGCUGAUUUUGAGGGUGUUGAAAGGCUAGCGUUAGUAACUGGUGGUGAAGUAGUAUCUACAUUCAACAACCCAGAGAAAUGUAGAUUAGGUGAGUGUGAUCUGGUCGAGGAGGUUAUGAUUGGAGAGGAAGUAUUCACCAAGUUUACUGGUUGCAAGGUGAGCAAUGCGUGCACAAUCGUUUUAAGAGGGGCUACCCUACAGGUCUUAGAUGAGGCUGAGAGAUCACUGCAUGAUGCUUUGUCCGUACUAUCCCAAACCACCAAGGAAACUAGAACUGUCCUAGGUGGUGGAUGUGCAGAAAUGGUUAUGUCAAAGGCAGUUGAUACAACUGCUCAAAAUGUCGAAGGCAAGAAAUCGCUUGCGGUAGAAGCUUUUGCGAGAGCAUUGAGACAGCUACCUACAAUUUUGGCUGAUAAUGCCGGUCUCGACAGCAGUGAAUUGAUCUCCAAGCUAAGAGCCUCAAUCUACAAUGGCAUGACCACUAGUGGAUUGGAUCUAAAUAAUGGAAAAAUUGCUGAUAUGAGAGAAUUGGGUGUUGUAGAAAGCUACAAAUUGAAGAGAGCUGUUGUGAGCUCUGCAACUGAGGCAGCAGAAGUUCUACUUAGAGUAGAUAAUAUUAUCCGUGCAAAGCCAAGAACUGCAAACAGGGGUUAA